GUUGACAUUGUUGCUUCUGGUGAGAAAUGUGCUACAAAUAAGGAUAAACUUAUUGACGACACUUCCAAUGUUUCACUAAAAGUAUGUCCAAAGUCACAAGCAGAUCCUGAUAAUGAUGUUUGUGAUGCUAAAGUUGAAGACUGUAAAUGUUCAGUCCAUUAUGAACAUAACGAGAAAGGUGAAGAGCUGAUUAAAUCACCUGGCAAGCAGGAAUCUCAAUCUGAAAAUGAGAGUGACGAAUCAGAUGUUGUUGAACACGAUGUGAAGGUGUGUGACAUCUGUGGAGAUGCUGGUCGUGAGGAUCUACUUGCCAUAUGUUGCAGGUGCACUGAUGGUGCAGAGCACACCUACUGCAUGCGAGAAAUGCUUGAGAAACUCCCUGAAGGGGAUUGGUUCUGUGAAGAACGCCAAGACGCAGUGGAAGCUGAAAACAAGAGGCCGGAUGCCGAAGAAUUUUUUUGUAAAAACUACUUCCAUGUCACAAGUUUCUGGCAAAAGACUUUCUGACAACAUUGAAGUGGCUCCUCCAGCAGCAAAAAGGCAAACUCUUGAAUCAAGCAAAGGAUCAUCCCAUGUUCUUGGAAGUAGUUUAUUACCUGCACCUGCAGUUCCUAAAGCAGAAGCGCGACACCCUGACCAACAAUCUUCACAGCUUCCAUCUGACGUGGAGUCUGUUUUGCUGCAACAAGUAUUGAAUCUAACACCGGAGCAAUUGAGUUCCCUGCCACCAGAUCAGCAACAACAGGUCAUCCAACUCCAACAAGCUCUUAAGCGAGAUCAGAUGCAACCUGCAUAACAAACAGAAACCA